UAAUGUUUAUUUUGAAUGAAGUGUUUUUCAUCUUGUUAAAUUUUUCUUCCUUUAAAAAAUUUGUCAUAAGUGAUGGCUUUCUGGAAGAACAGAAGGGAAAACAUAAGCAUUGUAAAAACAAAAUGCCAGUAACAUGCAUUAUUUAAAAAAAAACCUAUUGGAAUUAGAGAGGAGAAAAUAGAUAACUUUGAAACUGAAAAACUUUUUCAGUCAAAACUAAUAUACCUAGGAUAAAAAGAGAAGUGGUCGACUGUGGGAAAAAUCUUUAUAUCAAAUUUCUCUGAUAAGAGCUUGAUUUCUAAGGCAUAUAAACAAAAAUUAAAGAGAUAGAUUCCUCCUAAAUAAAUAGUCUCUUCACCAGUUCCCCAGGAGAUAAAUGGCCAAAGGAUAUGAGCAAACAGAAGAAUCACAAAGUAUUCACAACCAUAUGAAAAAAAAAAUGCUCCAAAUCAAUGAAAGAAAUGCAAGACAAAUUAGCGAAGGUGACUAACAAAAAAAAAAUAACUGGUGCUCAGCUCUUCUCCCAAGCUCGCUGCCAGGAUCCUCUGCUGCAGUUGCAUCCCUUAGACAAGAUGGUGAAGGUCGGAGUCAAUGGAUUUGGCUGUACUGGACGCCUGGUGACCAGGGCAGCAUUCAACUCCAGUGGAGUAGUGGCCAUCAAUGACCCCUUCAUUGACCACGCCUACAUGGUUUACAUGUUCCAGUAUGAUUCCACCCAUGGCAACUUCAAGGGCACUGGAAAGGCAGAGAAUGGAAAACUGAUGAUCAAUGGAAAACCCAUUAUCAUCUUCCAGGAGAGGGAUCCCGCCAACAUUAAAUGGGGAGAUGCUGGACUCGAGUACGUCGUGGAGUCCACUGGCAUCUUUACCGCCAUGGAAAAGGCCAGGGCUCACUUGAAGUGUGGAGCCAAGCAUGUCAUUAUCUCUGCCCUCUCUGCUGAUGCCCCAAUGUUCGUGAUGGGGAUGAACAAAGAGAAAUACGAUAACUCCCUCAAGAUCAUCAGUAAUGCCUCCUUCACUACCAACUGCUUGGCCCCCCUGGCCAAGGUCAUUCAUGACAACUUCGGCAUUGUGGAAGGACUCAUGACCACAGUCCAUGCCAUUACUGCUACCCAGAAGACAGGAGAUGGCCCCUCUGGCAAGCUGUGGCGUGAUGGGCAUGGGGCUGCCCAAAAUAUCAUCCCUGCUUCCACCAAUGCAGCCAAGGCUGUGGGCAAGGUCAUACCAGAGCUGAAUGGGAAGCUCACAGGCAUGGCCUUCCGUGUUCCUACUCCCAAUGUGUCUGUGGUAGAUCUGACUUGCCACCUGGAGAAAGCUGCCAAAUACGAUGACAUCAAGAAGGUGGUGAAGCAAGCAUCAGAAGGAUCCUUAAAGGGCAUCUUGGGCUACACAGAGGACCAGGUUGUAUCCUGUGACUUUAACAGUGACACUCACUCUUCUAUCUUCGAUGCUGGCGCUGGCAUUGCGCUCAACGACCAUUUUGUCAAGCUCAUUUCUUGGUAUGACAAUGAGUACAGUUACAGCCACCACAUAGUAGACCUCAUGAUGUACAUGGCCACCAAGGAGUAAAGUGGAAAGCCGUGGAUCUUCAUCCCCAGCCAAAAAAGAGUAGUUCCACCACUGGGGAGCCCACAUCCAUAACAAUCUAUGUCCCCUAUGCUGGGGGGGGGGGGGA